UCCAGGGUAGUCUCCACUCCACUCAGAGCGCAAAAACGCGCAGAGUCAGACAGGAGAGCAAACCAACCUGCAGCGGAUUAUCAACACUUUCUCACUUAUUUGACAUAUUUUCCAGCCCUCCAGCCUUUUAUUCCUCACCGCUCCACCCCUCUAAAGGAUACUAUGUUGGAGCCGAGCCUGUGCGUCCUGCUCUCCUGCCUGCUGCUGGAACCAGUGUUUUCAGUGCAGAGCCAGAUGUGUGACAUGGUGGAAGAGUUAAACAAGGAGAGGGACCUGUGUGAGGCGCACAUCGAGAACAAGACAACAGGCUGCAGUGGGACGUGGGAUAAGAUCACCUGCUGGCCCGGUGCAGAUGUUGGAGACGUGGUCACCAUCCCGUGCCCCAAAUACCUCUUCUACUUCUCCAGAGACGUCCCCACACGUAACCUGUCAAAGACCUGCACUGAGGACGGCUGGACCCCCAUCAGCAUCGACUCGUACAUAAUGGACUGUGGAUACAACCCCAACAACACCAUAGAUGAUAAUACGUCGGGAGAAUUCUUCGACGCCAUCAAAGUGGGAUACACCAUCGGUCACAGCGUGUCCCUGGUGUCUCUGACGGCGGCCAUCAUCAUACUUUGUCUCUUUCGGAAGCUGCACUGCACAAGAAACUACAUCCACAUGCAUCUGUUUGUGUCGUUCAUCCUGAAAGCUGUGGCUGUCUUCAUCAAGGACGUGGUUCUGUAUGACGUCGGAGAGACGGACAACUGCCAGUCACCAGUGGGCUGUAAGGUGGUGGUGGUCUUCUUCCAGUACGGGGUCAUGGCCAGCUACUUCUGGCUGCUGGUGGAGGGCCUCUACCUCCACACGCUGCUAGCCGUCUCCUUCUUCUCUGAGAGGAAGUACCUCUGGUGGUACAUCCUGAUCGGUUGGGGGGCUCCAGCCGUCUUUAUCUCAGCGUGGGUGAUUACCAAGGCCUAUUUAAAUGAUCCUGGAUGCUGGGAGAUAAUCGACGACCGCCCAUGGUGGAUCAUCAAAACACCUAUUUUAGUCACCAUACUGUUGAACUUUUGCCUCUUCAUCUGUAUAAUUCGGAUUCUGCGUCAGAAGAUGAAUUGCCCCGACAUCGGGAGGAAAGAAUCCAAUCAGUACUCGAGACUGGCUAAAUCCACCCUGUUGUUGAUACCUCUCUUCGGCAUAAACUACAUUAUUUUUGCCUUUAUUCCUGACGACAUCCACCCAAAAGUGAGGAUGGUGUUCGAUCUGAUUCUGGGGUCUUUUCAGGGUUUUGUCGUUGCAGUUUUGUACUGCUUCCUAAAUGGAGAGGUGCAGGCGGAGAUUAAGCGUAAGUGGCGCAGAUGGAUGCUGCAGAGGUUCCUGGGUGCUGACACUAAGUACCAGCAGCCCUCCAUAGGCAGCAAUGGCAACAACUUCAGCACCCAGAUCACCAUGUUGACCAAAUGCAGCCCCACAACCCGCCGGGCGUCUGAGUGCCAGGAGCACUUCUCCGCCAUCUGAAACCCAUCUACACCUAACAACUCCCCUCUCUGAUUUCUACACACAUGCAAUGUUGCAGUGCAGUUGAUGCUGGUUACUGGAGGUUUAUAUGACAUUUUAGUGCUGAAGCUAAUAUUUGUUCAUUGUAACUGUAUCCGUUACCUGUCAAAAAAAAGGCAAGGGAGCUGUAGUUUCGCAAUCUUGCAAGACUGGAAAUCCAUCCACUUAAAUCAAUGAGACCAGUGGUUCCCA